AUGGGUUUAAACAUAGAAGUGGAGGACAAUUCGGGUCCGGGUCAUGCUCAGCCAGAAACCACCACCAUUUCUAUAUUAGUUCCGUCGGAAACAAUGGGGACACAGCCACAGGAGCUACACGGCGUUUGUCUACCGCCGCAGAAAACUACUUUUCAGAAACUCCGGCACAAACUCUCGGAGAUUUUCUUCCCUGACGAUCCACUCCACGGAUUAAAAAACCAAACACGCUUAAACAAAAUCCUCUUCGCUCUUCACUUCGUCUUCCCAAUCUUUCAGUGGGCACCUAAUUAUAAUCUAACCCUCUUCCGCUCAGACGUCGUUUCUGGUCUCACAAUUGCCAGCCUUGCCAUACCUCAGGGAAUAAGUUAUGCAAAGCUUGCAAAUCUGCCUCCUGUAAUUGGCCUCUAUUCAAGCUUUGUGCCGCCAUUGAUAUAUGCUGUACUUGGGAGUUCUAAACAUCUAGCGGUCGGGCCGGUUUCCAUAGCUUCAAUGGUGAUGGGAACAAUGUUGAACGACGCCGUUUCUUACACCUUAAACCCAGUUCUCUACCUUAAAUUGGCUUUCACUGCUACUUUCUUCGCUGGCCUCUUUCAAGCUUCUCUUGGCUUUCUCAGGUUAGGUUUUUUAAUCGAUUUUUUAUCGAAGGCGACACUUGUUGGUUUCAUGGCUGGGGCAGCUGUCAUUGUCUCCAUGCAACAACUCAAAGGGCUACUUGGGAUUGUCAAUUUCACUAGCAAAAUGCAAAUAAUUCCCGUUUUAUCGUCUGUUAUCGAGCGAAGAGACGAGUGGUCUUGGCAUGCUAUUAUGAUGGGCUUUAGCUUUUUGGCAUGUUUACUGACUACAAGGCAAAUUGGAUUGCGAAAACCAAAACUCUUUUGGAUAUCAGCAGCAGCUCCAUUGACAUUAGUUAUUUUGUCAACUCUUAUAGUCGCUCUUUUCAAAUCAAAGCUUCAUAACAUUGCAACUAUUGGUCAGUUAAAGAAGGGUUUGAAUCCAUCCUCGUUAGACAUGCUCUAUUUUCAUGGAGAAUUUCUAGCUGUUGCAGUCAAAACCGGCGCUGUUACUGGCCUAUUAUCCCUUACAGAAGGGAUUGCAGUUGGAAGAACGUUCGCAUCGUUUAAGAACUACCAAGUCGAUGGAAACAAAGAAAUGAUAGCGAUCGGACUUAUGAACAUGGCCGGUUCUUGCUCCUCUUGUUAUGUCACUACAGGGUCGUUUUCCCGAUCAGCUGUGAAUGAAAAUGCAGGGGGGCAAACAGCAAUGUCCAACAUUGUAAUGGCAUUAACAGUACUUGUAACACUCUUGUUCUUGAUGCCCCUCUUUAGAUACACCCCAGAUCUAAUAUUGGCUGCAAUCAUUGUCACUGCUGUGAUUGGACUAAUGGAUUAUCAAAGUGCAUUUCGUCUUUGGAAAGUUGAUAAACUCGAUUUUGUAGCAUGCUUAUCGUCCUUCUUAGGUGUUCUAUUCGUCUCAGUCCCUGUUGGCCUUGCAGUCGCGGUGGGAGUUUCGGUAUUUAAAAUAUUGUUACACGUGACACGACCAAAUACGGGUGUCCUAGGAAAUAUUCCGGGCACCCAAAUCUAUCAAGAUCUUGAUCGAUAUAGAGAAGCUCGAAGGGUGCCUUCGUUUUUUAUACUUGGUAUUGAGGCUCCAAUCUACUUUGCUAAUUCGACUUAUCUACAAGAAAGGAUGUUGAGAUGGUUAAGGGAGGAGGAAGAUUGGAUUGCGGCAAACAAUGGCAGUACUCUAAAGUGUGUCAUCAUAGACAUGACUGCUGUGACGGCCAUGGACACAAGCGGCCUUGCCAUGGUGAACGAGCUCAAAAGGAUGUUAGAAAAGGCGAUCCCUUCAGCUUGUGUUGACAAAUCCAGUAGGAAGUGUGAUGGAAAAGCUACACAAAUCGAACAGUUUGAAGUCGUUUGGGUCGGACGGAUUGUAUAUCACUGUUGGUGA